AUUCGCGAACUUGCUUCUGACUUUCAUUCUCCUUGGUUUCUGAGCCUUUUCCCUUCGAUGUCUGUCCCUGCGCCUCUCCCUUCUUCGACUGCCAAUUGGCACUGGAAAAACAAAAAUGUGACGCGUUGGGGCAAGGAGUGGUUUGAAAGCGAAUUGACCACCAUCAACAUUGCUGGCAAAGGCUCUCAAGUCGUUUCCAUCUCCAGUGUGACCGAUUUCGACGGGGAUGUCGAACUUGGACAGAGAAAAUCAAAAUUGAUCACUAUUUUUGACUGCAAGGUGGUUUGCGAAUGGGCAGGAACUACUGAGGAUGGGACCGAAGUGAAAGGGACCGUCACAGUUCCCGAGGUUUCUCAUGAGAUCGUCGUGGACAGGCUGUCCGACUACGUGUACAACUGGACCUUGACCACGCCAUCUUCUCCCGCAGUCGACUCCGUGUUUGCCUUGGCCAAAUCUCGGUUGCCCUCUGCCCUCGAGUCGAAGUUUUCUCAAUUCGUCGUUGUUCUGGUCGACACGCACGGCAAGGACCUGACAGUCAGCGCGGAUCCCAGCCGGAGCGCAACACCGCUUGCUUCCUCUGGUUCUGGUUCUGCUCCUGCUAAAUCUGCUGUGCCAGCUGCUGCCCCAGCGCCGAAACCUGUUGAAAAGAAGAGCAAGAUCAACACAACCAAAAUCAAUCUGGAGUCGACGUUCAUGGCCGCCGCGGACGAUCUGUUCAGUCUGUUGACGGAUCAGAAUCGUAUCCCGACGUGGACUCGUGCUCCUGCGGUGUCUGCUGCUAAGGCGGACACGGAAUACUCUCUAUUCGGUGGGGGGGUCAAGGGCAAAUAUGUUUCACUGACUGCUCCAUCUGAGAUUGUGCAAACUUGGGCGCUCGCCAGUCCCUCGUGGCCGACAGGUCACUUUGCGACACUCAGCACAAGUUUGAAGCAAGGAUCGGACUCGACGACAGUGUCAUUCGAGCUGGAUGGGGUCCCCACAGGCAUGUCCGAGGAGAUCAAACACAAUCUCGAGGGAUACUACAUUCAGGGUUUCAAGUCCAUUGGGUACGUUCAGCUCAUCCUGACUCCGUCGUAUAUCCAAGAGCCGUCUCCGAAAUCAAAACCAAAAUCUUCCUCUGGGGAGUCGACCUCGUACGCAACAGCCUUGACACUGGCUGCCAUCGUCUUGGUGGCUGCAUUUGCUAUUCCAUAUCUCUCCACUCCGCCUGCUUCCAAAUAAUCCAUUAAUCAGUAACGCCGGUGCUAAUAAUCAUAUGUUUUGGAAUCUAGGUUGGGCAGCUCCCUUUGAUGAGGCGAACGGUUCUAGAAGAUUGAUAGCGGAGAUAUAAUGCAGAGAGAAGAGAAUGUAUAGAUGUAUAAACAUUGUGUUGACAAGAAUUUCUGAGCAUGGGAGAAUGCGUAAAGGUGCCGAGAGCUCUGAGCUGCUCCCCAUAAUAUGUGAUGACGUGACGACGAUUUGGCGGGCUGUGCUGUCAC